AUGUCUGGAAACAGCAGAUUGAGCCGCUACGAUCACCUCAAGGCUAUCUUUUCCAGGAAUUCUAGCCAAGAGCGGGAGAUCAAGGACGAUGCAACAUCCGAAACUACACUGGUCCCACGACAGACAAAGGCAAAAAGCUACAAGAAGCGUGACAUCCCCCAGAAUUACAAUGCUAAUGGGGAAAUAUUGUUCAGCAGCCGAUAUGUGCUUCGGCUCUUGCUGCAGGAACUGAUCGAUAUCCAAUCAUCUCAGUGA